AUGAAAGGAACCUUUCAAUCUGCCAUCGGCUUGUCCGUUUUCUCCCUUGCUUCUGCUUUCACCACCAGCAGUGUUUCUUCCGACAGUGGUUCGACAGCUUGCGUUCAGCAAAAGUUGAAUUUGCUCGAGCUGGGAUCUGCCGUUGUCUACACGUGCGGUGACAACCAAAACCGGGGUGCCGGAAUCGGUGCUACCAGAGUGGUCAACUUUGAUGAGUACAGUCCCAAUGGCGACGAGAUUGUCUUGUCGGCUGGACCGGUGAUUGGAUACAUCGCUCAUGCCGAUCAUGUCAAGUGCGCGUUGGGUUCCACAGUCACUGUGCUCCAAGUGCGAAAUGACAAUGGAGAGUGGACCGACAGUGGUGAGGUUAUUCCACCUGUCAUAUCCUUUGACGAGCAAUGCCCGGACACCACCGAAUUGGCCGGCCGUUGGAUUGAAGCCAACAGCGCCUAUACUGAUUGUGCAAUGGAAGAUUUUCAAUGCAACUGGGUGAUUGUUCCAGACGAGUUCUAUGGAUCGGCUGGACCCUACUACACCGAAAGGGAUGGUGGCGUCAGUUGCAUGGUCCCAGAGACCUACGUUCCAGUCUGUCAAACUAGCAAUUUGGAACGAUUCAAUGAUUUCGUUCGCGUCAGAGGCGACGGCUUGAGUAUGGGCAUUGAAGGAGCCUUCCCAUCUCUCUACUGGUACAACAACAUCGCUACUGCCCAAGAAAAUCGUUGGGUCUGCAAGAUUCCGCAAGGAGCCGUGGUCGAGAUUUCUCAAGGAACUCCGCUCAGUGCCUCCAGCACCAUUCGUCAAGCUCCACGUUCCGAAGCGGCGACCCUUUAUGCGUGCGAGGGAGCCGUGGACGAGUGCACUUUGGAGUUUGCAGCUCCUCCAGUGUCCAACGAUACCACCGUGGAUCCAUUGGAGACAAAGCCUGUUAUUGGAUCGACACAAUUUGAUGGUGUGGAGUCUACCAAUAUUGGCGAUGCCAAUUCGAUUUGUCAACAAAUGGAGGUAUUGAGCAUGGAAGACGGAAACACUGAUCCUGACGAUUCCUUUGUCAUUUUGCAAGGUCUUGUGGGUAAGGCCGCUCAUGCCUUCUGCUCGAACGGAACAGAUGUAGCAUUGCCCGAAAUGCCCGGCAAUCCCGAAUGGCUCCCCGCUGCACUCACCGAGUCUGAGGAAUGGGUGCCCAUGUCCGGUUCACGUGAAUGCGAAGUGCCUUACUUGGAACUGCCACCCAAUUUUCACCCGGCUCUUACCUGUGCGGAAGGCUUCAACUUGGUGGCAUCCAUCGCCUCUGGAUUCAACCCGAGUGUCUACCAUUCCUCUGGUCCUCUUUACAUGUAUGGCGAUAAUGCGACUGACCUUUCAGAUACAUUCAACAGUCUAGACUCCUUGUCAAAUGCUAAUUGCCGCCAACGCAGAUUUCCCAGUGGUGCUACAGGAAUUGGAUCGUGGGCUCAGCUCAAGCUUAUUGCUACUGCUGGCGUUUUGUUGAUGACGCUUUUGGCUUGGUAA